AUCCGGAAAGAGGUUGACUCGGUGAAAGGAACGAAAGAUAACAAAGAACGGGCGAUUUUUUUUAUUUAUUACAAACAGUAGUACAUGGACACAUAAACCGUUUAAUUUCUUGAUAUUUCAUAUAAACAUAUAACCAGGAAUCUUUAGAGAUGUCUGACGAGUUGGUAAAGCAGUUGAACAAUUACAAGGCACAGUUGCAGCAGGUGGAAGCUGCACUUUCCACAGAUCCGGAAAAUGAAGAUCUGCUUAAAUUGCAGAAGGACCUUCAGGAGGUGAUUGAGUUGACAAAAGACCUGUUGACAUCACAGCCAGUGGAGGGUGUCACUAGCACCAAAAGCUCGGAGGCUACUGCGUCCACUCUCGGAUGGAGAGUCGGAGACCGAUGUAUGACCGUCUGGAAUCAAGACGGACAGGUGUAUGAGGCAGAGAUCGAGGAGAUCGACGGUGAGAAUGCCACGGCAGCCAUCACCUUCAGUGGCUAUGGCAACGCAGAGGUAGUGCCUCUUCAAUCCCUCAGAGCUCCAGAGGAGGGCCAGAGCAGGCAACAGAUCGAUGGAAAGCCUAAAUCCAAGAAAGAGAUACUGGCAGAGCAGAGGGAAUAUAAGAAGAAGAAAGCACAGAAGAAGGUGCAGCGCAUAAAGGAGCUGGAGCAGGAGAGAGAGGAUCAGAAAUCCAAAUGGCAGCAGUUUAACAAUAAAGCCUAUUCCAAGAAUAAGAAAGGACAGGUGAAGAGGAGUAUAUUUGCAUCACCAGAGAGCGUGGAUGGAAAGGUCGGCGUCGGCACGUGUGGUAUUGCUGAUAAACCCAUGACUCAGUACAACGACACUUCAAAGUACAAUGUCAGGCAUUUGAUGCCCCAAUGAUUGAUCUGUUCUGUUUGUCAGUUUCAUCCCAUCAACCUCAACAACCACUGUUAAACAAAACAGAUAAAUACUGGAUAUGAGUUCCUAAGUUUGAUUGAACAUAAUAUGAAUAUAGUAGCACCUUUCCAGAGUUGCUAUAUUUCAAGUUAUAGCGGGUGCUUUAAAAUUUGGAUGUCUGAGCUGUACUGUUCUGAAAGUUUUUGGAUGUUGUAACUAAUAAUACAAGAGUCCAGCUACUUAUAAGUAUAGCACAGUUCCCACAGCUACUGUUUUAAUGUAUCUUAUGGAUCUUAUUAUGCUAUCAGGACUGGCUCUGCACACUUCUAAUGAUGUAGAUAAUGAGAACUUUGCCCUCUAGAUUUUUUUAUUUACUGGCCACCCACAUACACAGAUUCAGGAAAACAGGUAUUGUCAAACUAAUGAAGCUGUUUUUGCAUUUUUUGCUUUCUGAACUUUUGUGUCCAAUAAGCAUUGUGCUUCAGUCUAUUUGUUGUUGAAUUUGCUUUUCAGUUUUGUAUAUUUACAUAUUUGAGAGUAUUAAACAUUGAUUUGUUGACA